AUGUCGCGCUUCAGCUACACUUCUCGCCCCGGCGCUCUGUUGCAUACCAUGAUCCUGGUUCCUGAGAGCCUUCUCAAGAAGCGCAAGAGCCAAGAGAAGGCUCGCGCUGAGCGAAGCGCCGCCACCGAGAAGAAGAAGGCUGCCAACAAGGAGAAACGCAAGGUUGUCUUCCAGCGUGCCGAGAAGUACGUCAAGGAGUACCGCGAUGCCGAGCGUGAGAAGAUCCGCCUGGCCCGUGUUGCCAAGAAGGACGACUCUGCCUACAUCCCCGCCGAGUCCAAGUUGAUCUUUGUCGUCCGCAUCAAGGGUAUCAACAAGAUGCCUCCCAAGCCCCGCAAGACCUUGCAGCUUCUGCGUCUUCUGCAGAUCAACAACGGUGUUUUCAUCCGUGUCACCAAAGCUACCACUGAGAUGCUCAAGAUUGUCGAGCCUUGGAUCGCCUACGGCUACCCUAACCUCAAGUCCAUCAAAGAGCUCGUCUACAAGCGCGGCUACGGCAAGAUCGACAAGCAGCGCGUUGCCCUGACCGACAACUCCAUCAUCGAGGAGAACCUCGGCAAGUAUGGCAUGGUCUGCAUGGAGGACCUGAUCCACGAGAUCUACACCGUCGGCCCCAACUUCAAGCAGGCGUCCAACUUCCUGUGGCCCUUCAAGCUGAGCAACCCCACUGGCGGGUUCCGUCCCCGCAAGUUCAAGCACUUUAUUGAGGGCGGUGACCUGGGCAACCGCGAGGAGGCCAUCAACGGCCUCAUCCGCCAGAUGAACUAA